AUAACUUUAUACAACCGAAUCAAUACAAAGGCAGCAUUUUAGCCGGAAAUCAGUUUGAGAAAAUACACUUCAUUUCCCGGCCAGUUCUCGCUUAAACCCUAAACAGAGAAGGCGAAUACUGGAGGAUUAGAGGGGUAACAAGAAGUUUUCUCUUGCAGUUCCUCAAUUGACCAAUCAUGGCCACCACCACCAAGGCUCGAACCAGCAGCUUCUCCCGUAACCCAUUGGCGGGUCCUACCUCUCAAGUCCCGGGUCUCAAGCCCGGUCCAAAUGGCGCCGUUUUCCUUUCCUCCGGCAUUCCCGACCUUGACAGGAUUUUGGGAGGUGGGUUCAGUUUGGGGAGCUUAAUUAUGGUAAUGGAGGAUCCAGAAGCACCUCAUCACAUGUUAUUGUUGAGGAAUUUUAUGGCACAAGGGCUAAUUCAUAAUCAGCCGCUUCUAUAUGCGAGUCCGUCGAAAGACCCAAAAGGGUUUUUGGGUACUUUGCCUAAUCCAAUGUCUCCUAAAGAAGACAGGCCUCGCGAUCACGGUACCGAUCAGGAUAAGGAUUUGAGGAUUGCUUGGCAGUAUAAGAAAUAUGCACGGGAAAAUCAACAGGGUUAUGAUAUAAGAGAUUCCAAACUUGAGUACUGCAACAAUUUUGAUUUGCGUAAACCUUUGGAGAGACAACAUUUUGGAGGGAAGCAUAUUGAUUGUGUGAGCACUCAAGCUUUGACUUUGGACGUAAUUCAUCAGCGUUGCUCCACAUUUUUAGCCCAAAGCUCAAGAAGUGGUAGUAGCAUUUCUUGUGGCGGUCGCAUUGCUAUUCAGUCAUUCUGUGCUCCCCAGUGUGGAUACUCCGACAAGGACUGGGAUAUGCUUGCUUUUAUUAAGUCUUUGAAAGGCAUGGUUAGGGCAUCAAAUGCAGUUGCCAUUGUAACCUUUCCACAUUCACUUCUGUCAUCAUCCUUCUCUAAAAGAUGGCAACAUUUGGCUGAUACCCUGCUUUCAGUCAAAGCAAUACCAGAUGAGGACAAGGAGUUAGCGCAGCUACUUACUGGAUAUCAAGAAAUGGUUGGUUUCCUCAGCAUUCACAAAGUUGCCAGGAUCAACACCCAGGUACCUGUGGUUUUAGAGGCUUCAACCUUCUCAAUCAAGCUUCAUAAGCGAAGAUCACUGGUUUUAGAAUGUCUGAAUCAAGCUCCAAUCGACGGUUCAAGUGGAGCCUCUUAUGGCACAUCUAGUAGUUGUUCUGCAUCCACUAAACAAGGAUCUCUUGAUUUUUAGACCUUUCAUUUGAUCCAUCAAGUACUGGCAUUACUGGGCCUGUUCCUCGUUGCCUAUACAGCUUACUGUUUAAACAACGGUAAGAAGCAUUCAGAUGGCAUUUAUUUCACCUCGUUCUUUAAACUUACAGGAUAAACUGAAGUUGCAAAGCUGCAAAUGUACGAUGAAUAAUUCACUCAUUUUAAAUGCUGGUAACAGCUAACAAGAGUGCAUUGCUAGCAGGAGGUGGAUGUUGAGGUUGAGAGACGAUUUGAAAAGUUCUAUGGCAUGGACCACUGAGCCACUGAGGUGAGCACUUGUGGUUGAUGUUAUCGCGUGUCAUUUUUUUGUAGUGCUGUUAGAUUCAAGCUCCAGCGUUAUUAGAUAUGAAACUGACAUCCAUAUUUGAGGAUAAUGGUCAGCUUUCUUUUCCUAAGGCAAAAGAGUUCAUCUGUCAUUUUCUCAGACCAUGUAUAAUUGAUCUUGUAGCUAGCAAUGUACGGGAAGACACAUUUUCAAUCUUGUAUGAAAUUUGUAAUCACUGACUCACUGUUCCUCUUGCGUUUUAAAAUAACGAGCACAUAAUUUUCUCUA